AUGGACGUGGUCGUGGACGUGGACGUGGACGUGGACACGGACAUGAACAUGGACGUGGACAUGGACGUGGACGUCGACAUGGACGUGGACGUGGACGUAGACGUGGACAUGGACGUGGACGUGGACGUGGACGUGGACAUAGACGUGGACGUGGACGUGGUCGACGCGGACAUGGACGUGGACGUGGACGUGGACGUGGACGUGGACCUGGACGCGGACAUGGACGUGGACAUGGACGUAGACGUGGACGCGGACGUGGACGUGGACGUGGUCGUGGACGAGGACGUGGACGUGGACGUGGACAUGGACGUAGACAUGGUCGUGGACGUGGACAUGGACAUGGACGUGGAUGUGGACGUGGAUUUGGACGUGGACAUAGACGUGGACGUGGACAUGGACGUGGACGUGGACAUGGACCUGGACUUGGACGUUGACAUGGACGUAGACAUGGACGUGGACGUGGACGUGGAGGACUUGGACGUGGACAUGGACGUGGACAUAGACGUGGACGUGGACGUGGACGUGGACGAAGACAUGGUCGUGGACGUGGACAUGGACGUGGACGUGGACGUGGACGUAGACGUAGACGUGGACGUAAUCGUGGACGUGGAGGUGGACAUGGACGUCGACGUGGACGUGGACGUGGACGUGGACGUGGACGUGGACGUGGACAUGGACGUGGACGUGGACAUGGACGUGGACAUGGACAUGGACGUGGAUGUGGACGUGGACGUGGACGUAGACGUGGACGUGGACGUGGACGUGGACCUGGACGUGGACGUGGACGUGGACAUGGACGUCGACGUGGACGUGGACGUGGACGUGGACGUGGACAUGGACGUGGACGUGGACGUGAACGUGGACGUGGACAUGGACGUAUACGUGAACGUGGACGUGGACAUGGACGUGGAAGUGGACGUGGACAUGGACGUGGACGUGGACAUGGUCGUGGACGCGGACGUGGACGUGGACGUGGACGUGGACGUAGACGUGGACGUGGACGUAGACGUGGUCGUGGACGUGGUCGUGGACGUAGACGUGGACGUGGACGUGGACGUGGACAUGGUCGUGGACGUGGAGGUGGACGUGGACGUGGACGUGGACAUGGACCAGGACGUGGACGUGGACGUGGACGUUGAUGUGGACGUGGACCUGGACGUGGACGUGGACGUGGACCUGUACGUUGACGUGGACGUGGACGUGGACUUGGACGUGGACGUAGACAUGGACUCGGUCGUGGACGUGGACGUGGACAUGGAGGUGGACAUGGACGUGGAGGUGGACAAGGACGUGGACGUGGACGUGGACGUGGACGUGGACAUAGACGUGGACGUGGACGUGGAGGUGGACAUGGACGUGGACAUGGACGUGGACAUGGACGUGGACGUGGACGUGGACGUGGACAUGGACGUGGACAUGAACAUGGACGUGGACAUGGACGUGGACGUGGACGUGGACGUCGACAUAGACGUGGACGUGGCCAUGGAUGUGGACGUGGACAUGGACAUGGACGUGGACGUGGACUUGGACAUGGACAUGGACGUGGACGUGGACGUGGACGUGGACGUGGACAUGGACGUGGACGUGGACGUGGACGUGGACAUGGACGUGGACGUGGACGUGGACGUGGAGGACUUGGACGUGGACAUGGACGUGGACGUGGACGUUGACGUGGACGAAGACAUGGUCGUGGACGUGGACGUGGACGUGGACGUGGACAUGGACGUGGACGUGGACGUGGACGUGGACGUGGACAUGGACGUGGACGUAGACGUGGACGUGGACGUGGACGUGGACGUGGUCGUGGACGUGGACGUGGACGUGGACAUUGUCGUGGACGUGGACAUGGACGUGGAGGACAUGGACGUGGACAUGGACGUGGACAUGGACGUGGACAUGGACGUGGACAUGGACGUGGACGUGGACGUGGAGGACUUGGACGUGGACAUGGACGUGAACGUGGACGUGGACGUGGACGAAGACGUGGUCGUGGACGUGGACGUGGACGUGGACGUGGACGUGGACGUGGACGUGGACAUGGACGUGGACGUGGACGUGGACGUGGACGUGGACUGGACGUAG